GCGUCAUUUUUCUCUGCUUCACACCUAACACUCUUAUCCCUUUGCAACUGUCUCUUCCAUUUCUUUGCUUUCUUCUUAGCUCCAGCGAUAAAAUUGAGCCUCUGCUCUCACUCUCGAUCUUCUAUCUUUGUACUGCGCUGCUAUAUCUCUGUUAUACUGAUUUUUUAUUGGAUAAAGAUCCGAUUUUAAAUGUGUUUCUGCACAUCUCAACCUCCUUUUUGUGUGUGAAUCGACAAUUUUAGUGAGGUUUGUAUUUGGUCGAAGCUAAGAGAGCAGAAUUGUUUAUUGUCCUGUUGAAUUUGUUGAUGGACAUAUUUGGUAUUUCUGCGAUCAAAAAGCUUGUGGAUCUGUGAGCUGUUAAGAAUUGGGGGAAUUUGUAGGGAGUGAUUGUUUCUGCAGCUAUGGUUGUAAAGGCAUGCAUCGAUUCAGGCUCACCUCUGCCUACGAGAGAGGAGCUGUCACUCGAUUUAGAUGGGCAAGACGUGAAGGAUGUCCAACUAAAUGAGCAGUUUGCUGGUGGGGAUGACUUUGCUCCCAAGGUAAGGAAGCCAUACACAAUUACCAAACAAAGAGAAAGAUGGACAGAAGAAGAGCAUAAUAAGUUUCUCGAGGCGUUGAAGCUUUAUGGCCGAGCAUGGAGGAGAAUCGAAGAGCAUGUAGGUAGCAAAACUGCAGUGCAGAUUCGCAGUCAUGCUCAGAAAUUUUUCUCCAAGGUUGCUCGUGAGGCUAAUCUGGGCGAUGGAGAUUGUGUGAAGCCGGUUGAGAUCCCGCCUCCUAGGCCUAAGAGGAAACCGAUGCACCCUUAUCCUCGUAAGCUGGUUUCCGCGGUCAAGACGGGGAUCUUUAUACCUGAAAGAUCGGUAUCUCCAAACCAGUCUCCUAAAUCCGUGUUAUCUGUAGUGGGUUCGGAACAAUCUGGUGGACCUGAUUCGUGUAUGCCUAAUGGAAGCGUGUCUCCAGUGUCAUCUCUUGCUGCUCAUGUUUUUGGUUCUGAGGCCCCGAAGCUUCUGCAGGAGGAUGGUGUGUUAUCGUCUCAGUCUGACCGUGAAGAUGAAAAUUCGAGUACAGAUGAAGAAAUAGCAGUGGAAUUGGACCUUUCCCCCAGAAAGACUUGUGUAAACGAAGCAGCUGCGCAGAGCUUGAAGCUGUUUGGAAAGACGUUAUUAGUGGUGGAUUCGACUUGCAAGGCCGAAGCAUCGGAUGAUGAUGAUGAUAAAAGAGCGGAAAGUUGUUCGUAUCCUUUGAGGGUGGUGCCUACUAAUAAUAGUUAUGAGGAGGGUUGGAGAUCAUUGAUGCAAGUGCACAAUAGUGAGAUGAAGAGUAAUCUUUUGUACAUACAAUAUAGAGGCGAGUCGUCGUAUGCAGCUCCUUUUCCAUGGCUGAGUCUUGCGUCACAGUCAAGUGGGGAAGUGCAUAGCCCAACCCCAAUCAGAGCUCAGUCUAGUGAGGGGUCCUCCUCUAAUUCGAACACUGGUGCAGCAGCGGGAAGGGAGGAGACGUCGGCCUUCACUCGUUACAAAUUGAGUAAGAGGACUCCAGCAAACUACGGGAGGGGGUUCGUGCCGUACAAAAGAUGUUUGACGGAGCAGGAUUCCACAGCAGAAACUGUUCAAGAGAGGGAGACACAAAGGAUCCGCCUCUGCUUGUAGUGAAGGCCAAGGCCAUGGCUCCGACGGUAAGUAGGUUCGGUUAGUGUCUGGUGUUGGUGACUAUUUUGAGUCAAUUUUUUGUUCCUCGUCUGCAAGAAGUCUCAGCCUAACUGCGCAGUGUAUGUAUGGAAGUAGUUACUCAGUUUUCUCUGUAAAUGGCUUUGAAUAUAGAGGUACACCGCACUAUAAGAGGUUACCAUAAAAAAUGUACAAUAAUUUAGGGACCUCUUUGAGAUUCUUGUAAUUUUGUAAAACUUUAAUGAUUCCUAUUCCUCGAUCGUUUGCAGACA